AAAUUCACCCUCCAAAAGGGAAAAUAAUAAUUGGAAGGAAAAAGAAAAACUCUGAACUCAGAAGUCAAGCAUGAUGUCUGUUUUAUUUAGGACCCAGGGCCGGGAUUGUGAAUAAGUGGGGCGAGAAAUGGAAUGGACAGGAAGACGGAAGCUCAUGGGAGGGAUUCCAAGGAAGAUGGUGUUCAUGGCUGUAGGGGGAUUCGCUAAGGCAGUGGCCAAUCUUCUCAACACCACCUCUGUUCAUAAUGCGGAUACGCUUAUUCACCUUGUUCGAUCUCGACCCUCUGGGGUACCCCUCAUCACUGUUAGCAAUCACAAGUCCACCUUGGAUGAUCCUGUCAUGUGGGGAUUCCCUGGUUUUCCAUCAUUUGAUACAAAUUUGGCUCGAUGGGUACUGGCUGCAGAAGACAUUUGUUUCAAAAAUCCCCUGCUGUCUUAUUUCUUCCGCCUUGGGAAAUGUAUACCUAUUACUAGGGGUGCUGGAAUUUACCAAGAACACAUGAACGAAGCUCUUGAAUGCUUGAGCAAUGGAGCAUGGCUUCAUACAUUUCCAGAAGGAAAAGUUUUGCAAGAGGAUGCACCAAUAAGACGAUUAAAAUGGGGAACUGCGAGUCUCAUUGUCCGUUCCCCUAUAACUCCAAUAGUCUUGCCCAUUGUUCAUCAAGGUCUUGAGAAGGUGAUGCCUGAGAAUUAUUGGUUUGGUAAAAGGCCUCUUUUUCCACUAUGUAACAAAAGAAUUAACAUAGUUGUUGGUGAGCCAAUAGAAUUCGACCUUCCGACAAUGAGGCAAAUGGCAAUCUCCAUGUCUCGUAAUUUGCAUUUUCCUGGCAAAGGAUGGCCCAGCAUUUCCCGUUAUGGACUGGAUGAAGCAGCACAGAGGUGUCUUUACGUGGCUAUUUCAGAGCAAAUUCAAAUUGUCUUGGAAAAUUUAAGAUGUUUGGGUAAAAGUUCUGUGAAGUAAAGAGGCUGAAUUCCUUGCCUCUUGAAAAUUAGAGAAUUUGGCAUGUCCUUUCCUAUCAAGCCCGUGAAGCAGUGGAGAAAAUACAUUCGCAAUUUAGAUAAAUUCCAGAACUGAUAAAGACAAUUUUGCUGAUGUUCUGGAGAGGUUUGGUUGGUUAUGAUAUUUCGAUCUCUUAUUGAAUUUGAUUAAUUUAUUUAGACCUCCUUUCAUUGAGUACUUUAUUGGUAAAUGUGGCCAAAGUCAAUAAACACCAUGAGCAUAGAUUUGAUAAUGUCAGUGAUAACUACAAAGUACAGAGAGUCACUUUAAGUCCUUAAAUCUUAUUGGCAAUUUGAACUUUACACUGUAAAUGCAUGAUUGCUUAUGUAAGGUCUGCUAUAUAUACUCAAGCUACACCAAUAAAUAAAAUUCCAAGAUAAUCCUCUUGGGAUUUCAGGUCAACGAGUCAAUAUGAUACGACACAUUGUUUUGGAACUUUAAAGGGACGAGUCCUCUGAUUGUGGCAAUAGUCAGAAGGUCCUCAUGGAUGGAAGCUACAAUCAGGUAUUUCUUCCCAUCUGCAUUUUAUUUGUUCUUGGCCGGGUCUUCGUAUUGUAUUCUCUUUUUGAAAAUAUGUGUAUUUCCAGGAACAAAGUCUGCCCAUUAAUUGGUUAUGUUAAGAUGUUUCACAUCAGUCUUUUGGCAAGUUAUGACUUAUGAGUUGCCCGCAAAGAAGUAAUUUUCUUGGUUUUCUCACAGGACUUCUAUAAUUUAUUUAAGUUCUGGUCAUGGUUAUUCCUAUUGUCUUGGGACAACAAGAGGAUUGUUUUCAAUGUUGUUAGCUCCAUUAUAUUAUUGUUUACUCUUAAAUUUGCACAUUCUUUAUGCUUUCUUCAUGUAUGUGUUGUAUCUCAAGCAGACCUGUGGCUUAUCAAAUGAUCUAAUAAGUUCUCUGAAAUUUGAUUGGAAUCUGCAUUGUAUUUAAAAUAUCAUGCCAGAAACUGCAUGCCAUUUGGAGCAAGAAAAAGAAAUGAGUGAAGUGCUCACUUGUGUAGUCAAAGUCUGCAGAAUAUAACCUGUGCUUUUUAUAUUGAAAAGCUGAUUCUAAGUUUGCAGGAUUUGAUGGUCGUGGUAGCCUAUUCUUUCUACUUCGGUCUUUCGAUUUUGCGAGCCCAUUUGAUUUGGAUGACAGAGAGAUGUGAUUUGAUAUGGUAGCUCAGGACAAUGAUAAAGAUGGAACUUGGUGGUUUAUGUUAGGAAAUAAUGAUAAAGGGUUUGUAACCAAAAUAGUUUUAUGUUCAUUGUCUUGCGGUAGUUGCAAUGGGUGUCAAAAAGUUAAAAGUGGUUCCAUUGAGUAGUUAAAAUUCAUUGGUAGCAUUGCCCAACUUUACCAUGUCUGUCUUAAAUGCUACAGCUCCUUAAGACUGGGAGUUUAUGUUGGUUGUC